CCUUAUCGACGCUGUGUUUCGAUCAGAUAGGACGUGCGCUCGUGAGCUCUGGCAGAAUCAAAUAACACGAUAGUCAGUAUACAGUUUCGGCUUUGUUCCACGACGAAAAGAAUGCAUAUGAUCAAAGUUGUGUAAAUUGUAUAUCAAUGACGUAUAGGUGACCUCCACUUGUGACCCCUGCAGUGGAUCAGCCCACAUCGAAAUUGAUUGGUUCGCUACAUAUAAUAGCUCUAAGGCAAAGGGAAGAUAUGUAAUGACGCUCUUCCGUCAAUUCAGGACGGCCACGAACACACUUCGAAAACAUCAUAAAACUGUAUGAACGUCGCGUUAUUUGUUCUCAGUUAUUUUUUACAUUCUUCGAACAAGUUGGAAGCAUUAGCAAAGAAAAAUUAACAUGGAAAACAAAGAAGCUAUGGAUUUUAAUUUUGCGAAAAGUAGCAGAAGUUCAUCAGCGAAUCGCACUCGUUUGCUUAUAUGUCCUACUACGGGAGGAAGUUUUGAGCUGAACUUAAGUGCUAACGAAACAGUGAAUGGACUCAAAAAUGCAAUUUCCAGAAAGUUAAAAAUUCCACAAGCCAAGAUCAAUUUACUUUAUAAAGACAGGCUGUUGAAGUUCGGGACGUUGAAGGACAACAGCAUUACAGACUGUAGUCAGGUGACACUGCUGCCCACCCUGGAAAGUGGAUUUUCUUAUCCCCGCGAAGAUUCAAGUGUUGUGCAGGCCCUAGAAAGUCUAUCAGACUCUCAAGUGAAUGAUUUCCUGUCUGGUCACGCCCCACUGGUGCUUGCAAUGCGGGUUGGUGACCACAUGAUGUUUAUACAGUUGCAGCUGUCAACUUCUCAGUGUAGUGGCCGUCGGGCUCGCCCCACCCCUGUGGUGGUCCCCUCCCCCGGGCAGAUCUCUGACCACCAAGAGAUUCCCUCCCCAACUGCUCCUCACGGCAGUCAUACCCUCUCCCAGAACAUCAGUCAGUUCUCAAACUUCCCCGCUACUGCUCCACAACAGCAUACCACCAAACCUGGAGAAUCUGAAGUUCUGUCCUCGAGAACCAGCCCUGUGGGACCAUUCUUCUCUUCAUCUCCCCAGCCUAGCCCCACCCCCCCUCCAUCUCCAACCCCGGCCAAUGGGGCAGUCAUUGAGAGCAUGCACCAUCUUGGGGGUGGAGUCUAUUCUGGAAAAUUCUCUGGUACUCUGGACCCAACCCUGCAGGACCAGGGAGGGCGGCCCCGGCGAGAUAUCAGUACAAUUAUCCAUAUCCUCAAUGACCUGCUUGGAGCCUCCCCACAGUAUCGGCAGGGACUGACAGCCCAGCACCCCCAAACCUCUUCUUCCCAUCUCCAUAGCCAAUGUAAAGGAAACCACAGACAAGAUCUUCGCAGCAAUGAGAAGCCAGAUGAUUCAAAACUGAGAGAGAAAGUUCAACAACUCAAAAGAAUGAUGGAAGAGCGCAAAUUCCGUCGCCGCGAACGACGGGAUGUCCGAGCCCCAUAUCAGUGGCAAAAUCGCAAUUUCAACUGUGGUCAAGGUCAUGAAUGCAUCCAUGGCAAUAACAAAAUUCAAGGUCAAGGUCAUAAUGACAAAGAAGCCACAGAGGAUGGAGUCCCUUGUUGCUCUGGUUACCAAGGCAACGGCAGCAGUAUUGAGCAAGACACUCUAGCUGUAUGAAGAGGAUCAUAGCAUUUGGCCUACGGUCAGUUUUCCCCAUAAAACUGACAUACUUGUUUGUCAGUUUGGUUGAGUGCCAUGUUCUGUUGGUGCUUGGUAACUUUUUUACACCAAUUUGUGCCAUAGAAGUCUAGCUGAAGCCGUUCUUGUCACAAAGAAGACGGAUGCUCGUGACCAUGUAGGAUGUUGUUCACAGUGUGGAGCACGCGCAAGAGUUGUAGCUCCACCUCAGCAUUGCACACAUCCCUAGCCAGCCCUGAACCAAUGGGGCGUAGGGUCCCUUCAGGACACGAGGCAAUGUUGGCUUGGUGGGUUUUAUUGUCUAUUGCCUCCGGCUGUUCACCUCGUACAGGUGACAUGGGGUAGAUUUAUUUGUAUGGGUUUGGGAUAUCUAAGGAAGUCUCUUCUCACAGAGCUAGAGAAUGACUGGGUGCUGCAGCAUUAAGACAGUAAAGGCAGAUUAUAUUGACACGUACAACAAUUAGCCACUCUCAUUAUAGCAAGAUACACAGAUUGUAGCGCAGAAUCUCAUAAAUGACAUGUCAUAAUAAAACCAUAUCUCCAGUUUGAGGUCAAAUACUAAUAAAAAACAAUGCUGUUUUUCUUAUUAAGCAGAUAAUUUUAUUUCACAAUUAGGUUUGUUAGAUAUUUGUGAAAUACAAGUUUAUACUUGAUUUACGAUGUUAGACACAUUUUUAUCAGAAUUUUAUCAAAAAUAGAAGUCAUAUUUGUUUAAAAAAUCAGCGAUUAAAUUUGUGAGGUUUCAGGAUAGAUGCAUUGGAUUAUUUGAGGAUCACGUACAUAUUUUAAUAUAGUUGCCCUGGUCAAGAAUAGAGAGUUGGUCAAGAAGAUUACUUGCAUUUUGUACAUUUAUUAAAAAAUCUGUCUCAGCGGUUUGCAGUGAAAUGUGUACGAGUAGCAGAAAGCGAAAGAACUGGUUUGUGGUACUUGACAGUACCUAUUGGCCUACACCAGCUCCUAGGGGACAGGUGGACCAAUCUGUAAAUAGCUGUAUCCUUGUGUCGCUAUACUGUAGACAUGGAUUUGGAAUUAUAUCAAAUGCAUACGUACAUUAAUAUGACUGUAUUUAAUUCAUGGCGUUUUCCAUUGCUCUUUUAAACUUUAAAUGCUUAUACCCUUCCAUACAUGUUGAUACCAGUUUCUACCCAAUAUGCAAAGUCUGAAAGAAAGAUUUUAACUUGUUGUCUUGUUAUCUCCCCUUCCCAUUGAACUUGAUGUGUUGGUGUCAGGUUAUGAAACACUGGAAGUAUUAACCCCCUUGUAUUUUUAUUGAUCAUGUACAUUUAGUAAUCUCUAAUUGUGGAUGUAAUCACCUAUGAAUUAUCAAGAUGGUAUGAGCACAGGAUGCAUCUUGUACAUAUAAUAGCUUUCCUAUACAUUGAAGUGAAUAUGGGUACAAAUUUUAUUUUUCCCAAAAAAUCAAUCAAUAUGUUUCAUAAUAUCUUUGGCAAUAAUAUGGUUUUAUUGAUGUGAUAAAGGACUUCCUUCACGGAAUCUGAAAAUUUGUGUUAACUGUUUGCAUGCUUGAAGGUAUCAAUACCUAUCUCGCGCUAUUUUGUUGUACCUUUAUAUCGGAAUACUAAUUUUCCUUACCUGCUCUUGUCACUGCACAAAUUAAUGUUUAAUUUCGAAAAAAUAAAUAAAAAAAAUGAGGAUUUUUUUUUUUAUAUAAAUGGCACCUGAUUGUAAUCCAGAUAGUUUGUGUAAGAUAUAUUUCAAAUUAUUUUUAUGAAUUGUAAGAUUUUGUAUAAUAUUGUGUUCGAUUACAUUUAUCCUAAAAACCUAAAUCACGUUUUAUGAUAUACAAAUGUUUGUUUUUUUGUUUUUUUAUUGCACUGUUUGUUACCGUUAUAUAUAUACUGUUAUGGUGUGUGGUUUUAUAUACCUGGUGUGUGUAUGUUACCUUACUGAUCAGUCAUAUCAAAUUUAUUUGACAAUUUUGCAGACGAGUCUACUUAAAAUAUAAAAAAAAAUGUACAAAGCACCAGGUAUAUGAGAUAAUGAUCAUAAUUUUUUGUUGAGGGUAUGCAAGUUCAGAAAUCUAUUUCUGAUGAGAAUAUUUGAUGUUUUGCAUGUUUGAACAGUUUUCUUCGAAUAGAUAAAAUUAAUACCAAUUUGUUGUGAUCAUAGUAAUUACUGUCAUAUCCUUGUUAAACUGAUACAGUGUAAUAAAUUGUCAAACAGAACAUAAAGCCAAAUUGAAGAAAUUAAUGUGAAAACAAUUAAUUAAAUGAAGUUGUAUUUUAUUAAAAGAAUAGAAAGAAAUUGUUGAACUUGUUAGAUCUGUUUAAAUGUAAACUUGUUGUUACGUUCCAAGAAUCUGAGUGAGUUGCCUGGAGAUGAGAAAGCCAGGAUAAACUGGUACUCUUCUACAGACAUUGCUUUACCUUCGGGAAAGUCGGCAAAUAUUUAACCCUUUUUAGAUAAAUAACCAUGACUGUUCUGGUUGUUCCAAGAUUUGUUAUACCAGGCCAGUAAUUGUGUGAAUGUGUGUCUGUCUACAUACCAUUACCUUGACCCUAUAUUCAAUGUUGUUAUUUCUAUGUAAAUUUAUUAAGUCUGUGUUUCAACUAGACUUUAUUCUGGUACGUUAUAGUCCGAGGAACGUAAAGUUACGCACACAUUAACUUGUAUUGAGCUACCUUGCCAUUUUCAUAUCAAACAGAAAAUAUUGGAAAUAUUCCCCAUGUGUCAAUAUAUAAUGUGUAUGUAUACCCUUUUUGUUAGUGCUAUGUUUUUCUCCUGAUAUGGGUUGAGCGCUCGUGAUCUGGUGGUGUCAUGUAAUUUAAUAAUGGCUCAAUCUAAAAGAUAUUAUGUAAAAAAAAAUAAAAAAAAUUGAAGGGCUGGUCCAGCCCUUCAAUUAUUUUAGCCUCACUACCAUUGAAUACAAAUAUUUUAAUUUAUACCUUUUUUAAAUCUCAACAUAUACCAGGGUACCAAGAAGUCAAUAGAUUUUUGUCAGUAAAAUUAUCAGUAAUCUUUUAAAAUCCUAUGUUGUCAUGAAUUUCACUGAAAAAAAAAGAAAAGAAUUGGCAUUUAUUGCCGCUAAGUUAAUCCUGUUUAAUACAUUAAUGUGGCUGUUGAAAAGCUGGUUAACUUUAUAAUUUAAUAUAAUAUCACUUGUAUAAAUGUCUUCUCUUGACAUUUCCUGAAAAUCCAAAUUUAUCUGUCUUUUAUUUCCAUUUGAUAAAUGCAAUUUCUGUUUUGAAUUGAAAUAUUUUAAAAUAUGUCUUGGACAAAAUGUUUGCAUUCAUCUCAUUAGCCUUUGAACAACAAGACCUUGGCCAUUAAAUUAUAGGGGGUAUAUCUCAGAAUGGUUAUGGAAAUUGCAAGGACAAUGAGCAUCGUUCCAUAUGAUGAUAAACGACAUAAUGAUUCAUAAUAAAGUUUUAUUUGGGGUCAAUAAUGGCUACACAUAGUAGUUUACGAGUUUCCCCUGUUCACACUGGAACUAGGUGUUUCCUAUUCUUGUGCCAAUAAUGACCAGCUCAUGUCUGUUAACAUGUGUCUAUAUAGUUGGAGAGUCAGUUUUAUAUAUUUAAACAUUAUUGUACAAGUGUUGUAAGUGUGAUUUAUGCCAAUACAGCAAACAAGGGUAGUAGUUAAUGUUUGUGGUACACAAUGUAUACAAAGAAUGUUAGUUCAAUUUCGUGAUAUAUAUAUAAUGUAGAUAGCAGGAAUAUUGAUUUGAAUUUUUUUAUUUUUUCAACAAGAGAAACAUAGUUACUUACACAGAAUGUUUGUUUUCAUAUCAACAAAAUUAAUCAUAUGUAUUGAACCCUUUUUUUUGGGUAAAAUCUAUGAUAUUUUGCUCGAUUUUUGACUUUUAUAUCUAUUUGUGCCGUAAAUCAUCCAUUACCCCAUCUUUGUUUUUGUGGUUACCAUGGCGACAAUCCAUUUUUCAUCAGUAUAGUUUAUUUCAUGUUAAUAAUAGAUUUUUUGUCAUUAUUUGUUCAACUUUUCUUUGAAAUUUCAUGUGUAUUUUUGAUAAACAUGUCUAGAAAUUUGAAGAUUAAUCGUUUAAAUAUAUUUGGCACAUUUUAUAAAACUUCAAAGAAUUUAAAUUAUAUUGAAGUUGGAACCAUUGUAAGUUAUCUCUAGAAAUUCAGUAGGGACACAUUCAACACCGGUUGCAAUCUUUACCCAAUUCACCAAUGUAGACCACAAUUGACUGGACAAGAUCAAUGCAUAGAGUGUGCGAAAGUUACAUAGGGUUGAAAGGGUUAAUAUAAUCAGAAUACAAGUAUGUGUAUCUAGUAUGUGGUCAUCAAUCUAACAGGAACAUGCCCAUUGGUCUGGUGGUGUGUAACAGUUAGGAAUUUGAAUUUUUAUUCAGACAUGUCUGGCUUUCAUAUUUAGUAUUCAUAGCUGAUCAAGUCAGUUGUGAUUUUGUUCAGGUAUAUAUUAUUUUUAUAUUCUCCAUUUUAAUCAUCAUUAAGCUUAAAUAAUAUUGUAGUUUUUCCAUUAAAUAUUGAUAAAUAAAAAAUAUAUAUUUAAUUAUAUUAAUAAAUUUCCUCACAUUUUACAAUACUGCCAUCACAUAUUGCACAGAGCAUAGUGUUAAAAUGUGCAUAUUUCUUUAGUUGUCAAGCUGGUAAGGCCCGAGGGAGGCAUGAGUUUUCAACAGCCAAGUCAUUGAAAGCCUUAAGAAGCUUUGAAAGAUUGUCUUUUAUUAAAUUCCCUUUUACACUCUUAAUACAUAUAUAAGCAUUUAAUUCUGUAUGAUUGCAAUGUUGUCCUUACUUCCAAAUCUCAGAUGUGUUUCCUCCGAGUUUCUUUUAACAUAAUAAAAUAAAUUGUCUUUGAAAUUUCGUCCAUGACUUCAAAUAUAGAAAAUGCUGAUAUCUUGUUUCAGUUUUAUUGUUUUAGAUUGUUCACACAUGACAUACAGACAGCAGUUAAUAAAAACGUUCAAAAUAUA